AUGACUGAGCUAGUUAACCCCAACCCCAUCGUGUUCGAGCCCACGCAUGAUCCGCUCAAAGGCCGCACCAAUGCAGAGCGCGCGGCUGAGGACGACGAGGAUGCGGAGGACCCCAUUGACGCGUGGGAGGUGUUUGAGCUGAUCCGCCGCAUACGCGACCCUGAGCACCCCAACUCGCUCGAGCAGCUGAAAGUCGUCGAGCCCUCGCUCAUCAACGUGAAUUGGAAGAAGCGGCACAUCCGCGUUCUCUUCACCCCAACGGUGCCGCACUGCAGCCUGACCACGCUUAUCGGUCUGAGCAUCCGCCUGCAGCUCGAGCGAUCGCUACCCGAGUACACGAAGAUCGACAUCUACGUCACCCCCGGCACCCAUGAACAGGAGGAGCAAGUGAAUAAGCAGCUGAAUGAUAAGGAGCGGGUGGCGGCGGCGCUGGAGAACCGGAAUCUGCUGAACGUGGUGGAGUCGUGCAUAAAUGGGCUUGAUGAGUAA